GAUGCCAAUUGUUUUUAAUAAAUAACUUUUGAACUAACAGGUAUAGGGCAUAGGCAGAACACCAUGGUGUUUCUCUCAAUGAGACACACCAGAAUACAUAAUUUUUUGAGUAAAAGCAAGGUCAAAUGCUUAUCUUGGGUCAAGGGCAAAAGGCCACUCAAAUGGGUUAUGCUGCAUAUCAUUUGAUGUCUCGAUGAGAGAAACACAAUGACACCAUUACCAAUCACAGCCCACAGCCACAGGUCUGUAUCACUUUUCAAUCAAAAUCUAUUUAAAAACUAUUAUGACCCAAAAAAGCCUCUAUGUGACAUCAUUGACCUUAACAGAGGUUAUAUAGUCAACAUUUUUACCUGGUGACAUGUGCUUCUACAUAACAUUGAUGACUAUUAUACGUAUAUUGUUAAAUACCUAUUACCAAACAUCAUGGCAGGCACCCAGAUAUAAAUAUUGUUAUGCUUCAGAUGGAUGACCUUUCUGAGGAUGACUUUGUUGACUCCAUUCAUGAUGGGAUGUCUAAAGCCCAGCAGACUUUGCCGCCAGAGAAGCUGCAAUGCUCUAGAUGUGGGCAAAAGUUGCAGUCCAAAUACCAGCUCAGGCUGCAUGUUCAAGAACAUCACCCCAUGGUGCACCAGUGCCAGCUGUGCUCCUUCUCAUCACAUGCUUUGUCCGACUUGAGGGAACACCUGACCACAACUCACAGAAACUCGAAGUUAGCCUGCGACUGGUGUCAGCACGUGGCUGUCUCAGCUGAGGCUCUGCGCAGGCACUUGCGGUCCGCUCACGUGUCUGCGGGUGAUCAACAACCAGAGAAGCUACCGCCCCAAAACUUUGCAUGCUGCUAUGGGGCACACGAUUUUGAAGGAGGCUGCCAAGCGCGCUUCAGUAACCGUGCUGACCUCCGGAAACAUCUGGCUGAACAGCACGACGCCCGCUCAGCUGAGGAGAAGAUCGAAGUAUCUUUGUCUUCCAAGGCUGAGUUCGACAACUGGAAAAUGGACCAAGAACGACGGAGAGGUGUUUUCUACCGCCGCGUUUCUUCUCGUCCCGGGCAAAAGACCCUCUUCGAGUGUUCACGGUCUGGUGUCCACGCGCCCUCCGGGUCUGGCCGUCGCCGACUGAAGUCGCAGGGUUCCUCCAAGCUGGGCGUUAAAUGCACGUCCACCCUGCUAAUGCUACAGCAUGACGACGGUACCGUCACGGCCGUGCUGCACCCUCACCACCACGGGCACAGUGAGGGCGCUGCUAACCUGCCGCAUCUCCGCAUUCCAGCCGGUGACCGCGCCACUGCGAAAGCACAACUCGCUGCUGGUAUUUCCACGGCACGUGUCAUGCGUAACAUGAGGGAGCGAUGCGGCAACGACUCCGACGCCGGCCCAAGUCGGGCAUUCUGGGUCCAAAGGAAGGACAUUCAAAACAUAUGCCGAUCGAUCGGCAUCAGUGCGGGCGGCGACAGCAACAAGCAUUCCAACGAAGUGGUCAGCGUCCGAAUGCACGCGGAGCAGCUCCGAUCUUCAGACCAGCACCAUCUUUUGACGCUCAAGCUGCCAGACGAAGAGGGUUCGAGCGGCACUGAGUCUCUUCAGGCCGACGACUUCGUGUUUGGCUUUUGUACAAGUCACCAGCUAAAGAAGUUUGUGCAGCAUGGGAGUGCCGUCGUUUGUAUGGAUGGCACCCACGGCACAAGUGGACAUGACUUCCAUCUGAUCACGGUGCUCGUCCUCAACGAAUACGGCGCCGGUAUUCCCGUUGCCUGGCUUAUCUCCAGCCGCGAAGACGAGACGGCGAUAUCCUGCCUUCUAGGUGGCCUCAUGCGAGCGUGCAGCGACGACAACACGCCUUUUCCCACGGCAAAGUAUUUCAUGUCGGACAAGGCCCCGGCAUAUUACAACGCGUGGACCAACACUACAGGGCAGCACGCUACACAGCACCUUUUGUGCGCGUGGCAUGUGGUGAAAGCGUGGAAGGGCAAGCUGCCCAUGAUCAGCGACAUGGUUGCCCGCCAAGAGGCCUACGAUGCCCUGUGGGGCAUCAUGCAUGAGGCGGAGGAGGCCAAGGCGGUGGCGGCAGCCAAGGCGGUGGCGGAUAGCCUGCUGUCACACGCCAACACCCGCGAGUUCGGCCGCUACUUCCGCGCCACCUGGCUGGAGUGCGUCCCCAAAUGGACGCUGGGCAGGAGGGACGCGGCGGGCGUGUCUACAAACAUGCACGUUGAGGCGUUCCACCGGGUCCUGAAAUAUCAGUACCUGGAGGGACGCGUCAACAAGAGAGUGGACAAGUGCAUCGCAGCUCUGCUCAAGUUCGCCGACGACCAGAUGGUGACAAUGGCCCGGAGGCAGCUCUGGCAGGCUCGAAGCCUCCACGGCGAGGAGAUCGCCAAACGCCACGCCACCGCCGCCGAACUCGUCCGGAGCCAACAGGCGGCGGUCUCCCCGGUGACGGACAGCCUCCUGCCGGCGUGGGAGGUUCGGUGCGGUGCAGGCGACUCCAGCCGCUCCUACCGGGUGGAGCAGGAACACCGCCAGUGCCCGGAGAUCGGCUGCCAGCAGCGGUGCCACGAGUGCCGGGCCUGCGUCCACCACCUGCGGUGCAGCUGUCCGGACUGGACGGGCCACAAGCUGAUGUGCAAGCACAUUCAUGCUGCGUGCCUGCUCGUGGAUGGCCUGUCGUCCCAGCUGACCGUGCCCGAUCCGCAGAGGCCUGAUUCUCCGCCGGAAGUGGUGGACGAGCCCCCGCCGCCGCCGCCGCCGAGCCGUCCUGCCGACAAACAGCGCGCACUGGCCGAACUGGCGGCGGUGUCGGCGCGGCUGGCCGCGGUGCCGGAGGGCGCCGGGGCACUCUUCGCCGCGGCCAUCGUCAAGAUCGGCGAGUUGAAUCAGCUGGUUGCUGCCGUUCCCCAGGCUGAUCACGUCUCCAGCGAACAACUCGGAGACACGCUGAACCGACCGUGGAAUGCGCGGAUAGUGCCUCAGCCGUGCUUCCGGUCGCGGCGGGCCAAGCGACCUCGGGUGGCGCCUUCGGCGGUGCACUCGGACAGCGCCGCGGCGAGCGAGCUCGUCACGAGUCUCAGCCAUGGCGACUCGGGACGCGAGCGAGUACCCCAGGUGCACCAGGAUCACACAUAUUAGCCCGCACCUAGGGGGGGGGGGGGGGGGAGUGGGCUUGAGUGGGUUGGGCUGGUAAUACGUGCUAACACCCCCACCGCACGCACCCCAAAGCAUGUGACAGCUCUCCGCGCUCGUUCGUUUAAAUGGACUGUAUGCUGUGAUAUGCUGUUAGUGUAAGAGUGAUGAGAUUUAGGUGAAAUCGGCGAAACGAACCGAUUGCACACUUCACCGAGCUCAUAUCCGCAUCGAGCUCAUAGCCUAAUCUUAACUAUUAUUACGGAGCGAGCGAAGCGAGCGUAGUCUUUCCUUAGAUUAACGGAAAUUUCUGAGUAUGAGCGGCCGGCCGGCCGGCCGGCCGGCCGUGGUCACGCUUUUGCGAGGCUUAUAUCUCAGCAAC